CCGUAAAUGAAAUUUGGUAAAGAGAUACAAUCAAAUCAGAUUCCAGGAUGGUCUCAGCAGUAUCUCGAUUACAAAGCCUUGAAGAAGAUUAUAAACUCCAUGAUAAAAGGGCGUCCGAAAGACGCUGGAAGUCUAUCUAUCGGCAUAAGGCCCAGGAAGACGAGCGGGAAUGAUAACGGCGUCGAAGAAGUAUCGAUAGAGGAAUACAGAUCAGCCUUCUUUUUUAAAUUAGAGAGGGAGCUUGAGAAGAUUAACGCAUUUUACCUCGCGAAAGAAUCCGAGCUAAAAAUACGGAUACAGAUAUUAAUUGAUAAGAAGAGAGUACUCGCAACUACGAACAAUAAGCAAUCAAAUGAAGUAGCCUUAGAUGAGGGUUUCCAAUACUUCGAGCGUCAACUCGUCGCCCUACAAGCCUAUGUUGAUAUUAACGCUACUGGAUUUAGAAAAAUUCUUAAGAAAUGGGAUAAAAGGUCUAAAUCUAACACUAAAGAGUUAUACCUCGCCAGACAAGUUGAGGUGCAACCCGUAUUCAACCGCGAAGCUCUAGCCGAAUUGUCGAAUGUUGUAGCAACCAACUUGAUUGAUUUGGAGAAUCUAAAGAAUCAAAAUCAGCAGGAUCAACUUGGUGACCCUAUGUCAAUUGACGGCGAUUUGGAAACCAACAGCGACAUCGAGAAUAUUAUCAUAAAACUACUCAAGAAGGACAACACAGAGGGUUUGAUUGGUUUGCUUCAGAAUCACAAGGGUUUGAGGCUCACCUGGGAGAGUCUCGCUUAUGCUACCUCACAAGAACAGAUUGAUUCACUCAUAAGCCUCGCCUCAAUUGAGUGGAGUUACAUUGACGAUAUCAACAACCGUACAUGUUUGCAUAAAGCUGCUAUUGUUGGUAAUCUUCCUUUGCUUUUAUUAGCCCUCGAGAAUAAAGUGGAACCAACGAGGACCGACAUUUAUGGACGUAAUAGUGUACAUUAUGCUGCACUAAAUGGCCAUGAUAAGAUACUCGAGCAUCUCCUCAAAUUGGAUGUUAUCGAUGGGGCUACCCCUGAUUUGGAUGGAUACACUCCAUCAUUAUACACAAUCGUAAAUGGACACGAUGAUUGCUUGAAAUUACUAGUAUCGCAGUUGUCAUCACCUGCAGCAUCAAACUUACAUCCCCUUUGCUUGGCAGCCCAGUAUGGUCAUGAAUCCAUCGUGAAAACCCUCUUGAGCUUAUCGAAAGAUGACAUCGGUCCUAAUGCUGAAGGUCUCUAUCCUCAACAUUUGGCAGCUAGAGGUGGUCAUGCAAAUAUUUGUAAAUUGUUGGCAACUAAAGGUGGCGAGAAACAGGGUGGUUUACACAUUAAGGACAAGUAUUCAGCGUGGACACCACUCAUUCAUGCAGCUGAUAGUGGGCAUAUUGAAUCUGUCGACGUUUUAUUAGAGUUUGGCUGCGAUCCAACGGCCUUAGAUGAAAAUGACAAUAGUGCUGUAUUCUAUGCAGCUUGGAAUGGUCAUAUGGAUUGCGUCGAUGCUUUGAUGAAAGUAAAGAGAUCAGAGGUACCAAUAGAAAAGAUAAUGAAAUCACCUAAAUCAGACAAAAAUGGUGGUGAUUUGGAUGAAAUUCCAUCACUCGCUUUACCACCACCAAUGAUGCCUUUACGUAUAUAUGGUCAUAACUACUUACUCAAACGUUCAUUACUUAAUGUAAUUUUAACACCUACACCAAUACGAUUAAGUGAAAAUGACGAAGAAUUCAAGUGGUCAUCACUAAAGUUAAUCGUCAUGCAAAAGCCAGACAUGCUUAAUGCACCAUAUCAUCUCAUUAUACCAUCACAGAAGCAAGAAAUAGAAAGAUCAUUAUCAGAGUUCUCAUUUCAAAUCGAGACUGAGCAUAAUGUCAGCUUAGAUUUCUCACUUUAUCCUGGGUUUGGUAGUGUUAUUAUGGGUAAAGCUGUAGCAUUACCACAAGCAUUGAUGAUUUCAAGAGAAAACAAACAUACAUUACCAAUUAUCGACAAUCAUUUAAAGACAAUUGGCAGGAUCACUUUUGAAACCUCGCUUAUUAAACCAUAUGUGGGGUUACAAGAGCACAGUGCAAAUGUUAACGCUUAUUGGAAGUCAACGACGAGCGUGUCAGCGAAUAAUCAAUCUCAUCCGACGUUGAAUAAGAGGGAUUCACCUACGCUUACGCCUACUGGGCAUGGUGAAGAUAGCGGUAACAGUGCAACUAUCAUAACCUCAUCUUCACUUCCUUCAGAAUUUACGAGACUUUAUGUGCAAUCUAGCAAAGAUUCGAAAGCGGUGGUUAGUAGUAGUAGGGAUAGUAAAAAUGGCUUGCCAUUUAACGGAUUGGAAGGAAUACGAGGUUUACAAGUUAAUGAUUUCAUGUUUGAGGAUUUAUGUAAACUUUCUAAGCAAAAUCAAGUGGAUGCAGAGUCACUAGGAAAGAAUGCCAAACUGGCAUCCAUGGAGUCUAUCUUCGAGCAACUACCUAAGUUCUCUCAUGUCCUGCUUGAUGUAAAGAGAGGCGAUGUUGGGGAUAUAAAUAGUUACAUCGAUGAUAUAUUGAAAUUCACAUACGCAACUGCAUCAUCAUCAACUAGAAACAUGGCAUUCGUUACAUCAGACACUGACGUCGCUGUUUGUCUACAGUGGAAACAACCACAUUUCCCAGUUUUUGUGAAAUUGACAAGUCAGGGAUCAGUAAAAGAAUCAGUGGACUUUAUCAAAUCAAACAACUUACUUGGGUUGUUUGUAGACCACGAUCUAUUAAUGCGGGUACCUAAACUGGUUGAUGCUGUUAAAGAAGCAGGCUCAAUGAUUAUCGCAGAUAACAAUGAUACUAAAACUCAAUUAGUCGGUGUUGAUGGGAUUGCGAAUGAUAGUCACUUUUAUUGUUAUACAAGUUAUACGUCGAACACAGUUAUAUAGUAAUUUGCAGAUAC